AUGCACUGGUCCUCUAACGGAGCUGCAAGAGAGGACGAUCUUAUCGACGAGCAACUGGCGCAAGAUAACAUCAUUCAGGAUAUCGAGGCGGAGUUGGGCGGCGAUCCCGAGGGCACAGCUGGCGUGUUAGCCAUGCAGCAGGCCGAAAUGGAAGAUCGGAGGUUCAGUGGUGCCCCUUACCCGGAGGCUGAUCUGAUUCCUACCCGCUCCUCGGAGCAUUUGAACAACAUCGCGCAGGAGGAGUCGAGUAGCGACGGCGAUUUUGGCGGCAUGGAUCUCGGCUUAUUCAGCGGUGGCUACGCGGGGAACUUGACCUAUGGCAACGAUGUUGGACUGACGGAUGACAGGCCGCUGCCUGUACCCCCGCUGUACGAUGCGCUUGGUGCAUAUGGAUCCCGAUCCUUGGCUGCCCAGACCUUGCCGCAGGCCGAGAUGGACUAUCCUGGUGCCGGAGGACUGCAACCUGCCAAUGCGUACCGCCCGCCGGUUGACGAUGGUGAGGAACAAGCCUCCCUACACUCACGACAAAGCGGGAGCGAAUCUCCCUUCAAGGACGAUUAUCCAGACAUCUUUUACCACCCUGGCAUGUCUAGCCGGCCGCUGCCCGCCUUGCCCAUGCUCGACACCCUGUCGCUACAGCCCCCGAGUUCCUCCUCCGGUCAGGGCCAGUACCAGCACAACCAGUCCUGGGCCCCAGAGUCGGGGCGGACGCAAGAAGGGUUGGAAGUGUACAACACUCCCGGGUCGGCGCAGUCGCAGGUAGAGAGAUCCAUCUCCUUCUCCAGCCACACUACGACACCGGCGGUCCAUGCGCCGUCACGGUCCAGGACCGAUGCUGCCGAUGAAAGGCGAAGGCAGUAUCGCCAGGCCCAACAGCCCAAGACCGGCUCUGGCUCGUUCAACUAUGAGGCAGAAUCGGCUGUGUCGUAUGACAUGAUUACGCUACCCACCGGCCGGAAGCGCAAGUUCAUCCCAUCGAAGCUGACAUCCCAGGACAUGAAACGAUGUGCGGAACCUUGGGCCCUGAGCAGCAUUGCGAGUUGGAUCAGAGACAUGACCGAGGGAGAACCUGAUUUAAAGCAAAAGACCAUCGAGGAAGGUCUCGUGAAGCUUUUCACUGCCAAAGUACCCACGAUGAACGUCGCCGAUGCCGAGACUCUUUCUGCCCGAGUAGUCACCGUUAUGCGGGAAUCUGGCAUCCUCGUGCCAGAGGAGGAGUGGGUGAAGUUGGCGCCCGGUUCAAUAUCAGGCGUGCUUUGGCAGCUCAGCGGCUCCGGUUGUUACGCACCUAAGCUGCACGAGCAGGAGUGCCCGGGCCGCUGCUACUCGUACCACUGUACCCGAACGCUCAAGAAGGCCAAUCUUGACGAUCUUUUGUCCGAAGACUCUGUUAAGCAGGAGGACUGGGCGACGUUCUUCAAGCUGACCAAGGAGAGUAUCGAAGGCAAGCACAAGAAGGAGAUUGAGCGCCAGAACGUGCUUCACGAGAUUGUCACCAGCGAGGAGGGAUACAUGAACCAGCUGGAGGUGCUCAGGGUUCUUUACCGCGACCGUCUCCGAACUCUACAACCGCCCAUCAUCCCGCCUGGGAAGAUUGAUAAGUUCCUCAAGACCGUCUUUGGAAAAGUGGACGCCGUCCAGGAAACGAACAAAGACCACCUGCUCGCCCAACUCAAAUACCGACAGCAGGAACAGGGUCCUUGGAUCACAGGCUACAGCGACUUGUUCCGUGAGUGGAUCAGGAAAGCGCGGGAUGUUUACAUUGAAUAUGCAUCCUCUUACCCGUACGCGACCUUUUUGGUCAGGAGGGAGGCCGAUCGCAACAUCCUCUUCCGCCAGUUUCUCGAGCAGGUGCGCAACCACAAGCGAUCCGAGCGCCUGGAUUGGACCCAUUUCUUGAAAACGCCAAUCACUCGCUUGCAGCGAUACACUUUCCUUCUGAGCACGGUAGAGAAGAACAUGCUCCAGGAUAGCGAGGAAAAGAGUAACUUGACCAAGGCCAUCCAAGAGAUCCACGCCGUCACCCUGGAAUGCGACCAGCGCGUGGCAGAGAUGCAGAAGCAGGUCGAGAUGAUGGAGCUCAACUCCAUGCUUGUGCUCAGGCCAGGAUUCCAGGCGAUGCUUAAUCUCGACCACCUCGGGCGAGAACUCUUGUUCCAGGGCGACCUCCAGCGUAUGGGAUCCAAGGGAGUAAGAUGGGUAGAGUCCCACGCGCUCCUCUUUGACCACUACCUCAUCCUGGCGAAGACCGUCAGCCUCAAGGACGGCCGUGGCGAAAAGAAGUACGACGUUUCGAAGGAGCCGAUACCCAUGCCUCUCCUCUGCCUUGAAAGCACCAACGAUGAUGCGGUUGCGAAGCAGAACCGCAUUGCAGCGCCUCUAGGCCGAACAACGACCUCUGUGUCGGAUAGCAGAUUGGGCAAGGCCACUACUGCUGGGGGUGAUCGCCCAGGACUCGAACAUACAAACACGGGGGCAUCGGCGGCAACGGUGCCCCGUCUCGGCCAACCCCUAGCCACCGAUGCCGAGGGACGAAUCAUGUAUCCCUUCCGGAUCAAGCAUCUUGGCCACGACGUGUACACAUUGUACGCUUCGACACCUCAAAUCAGGCAAGACUGGUGCAAUAAGAUUAUUGAAGCCAAGACGCGGCAUGCGAAGGCGCUAUUCUCCCAGAACGCGGAACCUUUUAGGCUGCGUGUGCUUGCUGACAGCGCGUUUGCCUAUGACUCGAUCGCGGCGAUCGGAAAACAGCCUAGCGUACCUAUUGAGGGCACGCCACUCGACCGGGCCAUUCGAGACUUGGAAAUUGUGUAUGGCCCAGGCCGAGGCCCUCCGGCUGUCUGCCGAGCUCAGGUGAACUGCUCUACCGGGUUCUCGGCGUAUGGAAAGUCGAUCAUCGCGAUUGGUACAGAUUAUGGCGUCUACAUUUCGGACGCCACCGACCCUCGGGGCUGGCAACGGCGGCUCGCCAAGGAUGUUUCCUUCUUUGCGGCUGCGCGCAUGAAGGACAGGAUGCUUGUGUUCUACAAGAGGAAGGAAGGUGUGCAUAAUACCUUCUUCAAGGUCCUCGAGCCCGUAUUCCACAGGACAACGGAGAAGAAAUCCAGAUGGUUAGGCAGCAGCCGCAAAUCGGGAUCUACCGAGUCGUUUAGGGAUUACGACGAAUUCUUCUUCCCAACCGAGUGCUAUUCGCUCAACCUGUUCCAGACGUACAUCUCCGUCGCGACUUCCAAGGGGUUCGAGUUGUUGACUCUGGACAAGAAGCAGCCCAUGUCCAUUCCCGACGUGAAGCAGCCUUCCAUUGCCAACAUUGCGAGCCGUAUACGCGACCAGAAGCCCCUCGGCAUGUUCCGCUUGAACGAUCAAGAGUUCCUCUUGGCCUACGAGGAUUGCGCCGUGUAUGUCGAUAAGCACGGAGAUGUCAGUCGCACUCUGAUUAUGGAAUAUUCCGGAAAGCAGAAGAAGGCAAAGAGCGCAACACUCUGUGGGCAGUAUCUCGUCUUAUUCAACGAUGACUAUGUCGAAGUACGUAAUGCCGAGAAUGGAAGGCUGAGACAGAUUAUCCCCGGCCGCGACGUUCGAUGCCUUGAUUACGGCGCUCGAGGACCAACGGGUAUGACGGCGGCGCAAGCCGUCAGCCCCUCGGGCCCGGGGUUCGUCGACUCCAAAACCACUGUCAAAAUUGCCAUGACACAUCCAGAGAUUGCGGGUAUGCAAAUUGUGCUAGAGAUGCUCCUCAACGACGGCCACCUAGAGAAGUAA